GCUUCACAGGACGAGGGAGACGCAGCAGCACGCCGCACUAUAAGAGGAGUGAGAGUCCGGCACAGAGGCACCAUCUGGUCCAAACACCAACAUCCAAAGAACAGGUCUAAUCAAGUCAGCAGCCAUGAAACAGUUUCUGAUUUCAGUCCUUCUUGCUCUUACUCUGACACACGGAAGCUUUGCUGAAGAAAGAGCCAAUCGGGUGAGCCAGUACAUCGAGAACAUAAAGACUAAAAUCAGUCACGACUUUCGUGAGUUUGUGAACAAGAAAGAGCUGAAGGAACACGCCGAGUCGUUCGUGGAGGACAGACAAAUAGAGCUCGAGCCCCUGGCCGUGAAGAUCCAGGGUCAGCUGCAGGACAUAGAGGAACAGCUCAAACCCCUGACUGAAAGCGUGAAGGAGAACGUGAACCCGUUAAUCGCCAGUCUGCAGCAAAAGAUGGAGUCCAUCCUGCAGAUGCUGGAGGAGCACGCCAACCCCAGCGGCAGGUGGACCGACCGGUCUUAAACCGCAACGCCACCUUUCUAGUCGUAGGUGUUGAAUUGUAUCAAACGCACGUUAGCUUCUCGGACGUAUUUAUUAUCCUAUUGACACAUUUAAAACGAUUAAAAAAUAUUAAACAUUACUUCUA